CUCACCGCGACUCAGCGGCCACUCCCACUACACCCCCGCGCACAUACCCAUCGUACCACCACCAUUUCUUACCCUCCCAUCAUGCCUUCCCGCACUAAGAAGCAAGCGAAGCAGAUCGUUGUGCGCACCGUCGAGCCCGGCACCCGUCGCUCCACUAAAGCUGUAUUCGGAACGCUCACCGAGCUCAACAACCACAAGCCUCUCGUGAGUCCUCCCCUGACCCCGCACGUCGGCUACCGCCCUCUCCCCCCCACAACCCCGCCUCCCUCUCUCCCGCCUCUCCGCAUAAGGUCAACAUCGGGCGCUGAGCUGAUGUCGCUCCCUUGCAAACCCAGGCCGAGCUCGACCCGGUAGACUGGAUGUUCGCGCCACCGAAGCCGUGGAAGCAGCCGAAGUCGGUCCCCGCGUCGUGCAGGCCGCAGGCGCCCCGCCGGAACCCCGGCAGACACCACGCGCAGACGUGGAAGUCGGGCCAGGUCGUGUGCGGGAACGCGCUCGUCGCGGUAGAGGACGACGGCGAGAGCGAUGCCGCCUGGCGGAUGGACGUCGAGCGCGAAUGGCGGCGGGAGGAGUACGAGUGGGCUGCCGAGGAAGACGCCUGGGGACAUGAGCGAACAGAAGUCCAGCUCAUGGAUAUCGCGAGGCCGAUGAAACCCAAAGGCAUCUCGAGGGAGUUUGAGGUCGUCGAGACCGUACGGAGGGUGAUCGCACUCGAGGAGGAUCAGGCACCAGCGUUGACCGGCCGGACAGGGCUCGACCCCGAGCUAGACGAGUGGGAGGUGCUAGAGCAGGAAGACAGCCGGCAGCCCCUCGAGUCGUACGCCGAGUUGGUGCAGCUAAGCCAUCGCUGAGACCAGGAGUAAUGGAUGUCAGGCAGCACGUACAUAGGGCAUGACUCGGGACUUACUGGCAUACGUAUCGCAUGACGCAUUAAUUUGGAUACCAAC